CCCUGGCUUCCGCCUCACUCAAUCCACACCCAGAUUUCACCGCAGUUCACCCACUGACGACCCCGCCAUCUGACCGCAGUUCUAUAGCGGGGCAUUGGUUUUCUCGGAACAUCACCAACAAUUCCUCAAUGAGGAUACGAUAGGUGCCCCCGGUCACACGGUCCGAAACCGACUGGGUUUCUUAUACAUUGCCAUACAUACGCAAUCCGGUCCCGAUGUGCUUCAGACAGAGGAGGUAGGGGACCAUCCCACUCAUCUCCAGAUAACAACGGCAUACUUAUUGUCUAGCUCUCCCACUUCUCUUCUUCCUUUUUAUAUUUCUACUUCCUCUUCCUUUCUCCUCCUCUUCUUCCUGCUCCUCUCUUCUUCUCUUACUUCUCUCAAUUAAUUUGCCAAGCUCCAUUGCUAUUUACCCGGAAUUGAGAAGGCAAAAAACAACUCCACCAUGACGACAAAAGUACUCCCCAAAGACUUCCUCUGGGGCUUCGCAACCGCAGCUUACCAAAUCGAAGGCGCCCCCGAAGCAGACGGCCGCGGCCCCUCAAUCUGGGACAAAUUCUGCGCCAUCCCAGGCAAAAUCGCAGACGGCUCAUCCGGCGCGGUAGCCUGCGACUCCUACCACCGCACCGGGGAAGACAUCGCGCUCCUCAAAGAGACCGGCGCGAAAGCGUACCGCUUCUCCAUUGCGUGGUCGCGCAUCAUUCCUCUAGGCGGGCGAGAUGAUCCUGUUAACCCUGCCGGAAUCGCUUUCUACAAGACGUUUGUGGAUGAUUUGCUGAAAGAGGGGAUUGUGCCUAUGGUGACGCUUUUCCAUUGGGAUUUGCCGCAGGAGUUGGAUGAGAGGUAUGGGGGCUUAUUGAAUAAGGAGGAGUUUGUGAAGGAUUUUGCGAAUUAUGCCAAGGUGAUGUUUGAGGCGUUGCCGAAGGUUAAGCAUUGGAUUACGUUUAAUGAGCCGUGGUGUAGCAGUAUUCUGGGGUAUAAUACUGGGUUGUUUGCUCCAGGGCAUACGAUUGAUAGGAAGAAGAGUCCUGUUGGGGAUAGUUCGAAGGAGUGCUGGAUUGUGGGACACAAUUUUUUGCUUGCUCAUGGGACUGCGGUCAAGAUCUAUAGAGAGGAGUUCAAGCCCAAAAAUGGUGGUGAGAUUGGUAUCACUCUGAAUGGUGACGCCGUCUACCCUUGGGACACAGAAGACCCCCUCGACGUCGAAGCCGCAGAACGCAAACUCGAAUUCAGCAUCGCCUGGUUCGCCGACCCCAUCUACCACGGCCGGUACCCCGCCUCCAUGACCGCCCAACUCGGCUCCCGCCUGCCCAGCUGGACUCCCGAGGAAAUCGCCCUAGUACAAGGCUCCAACGAUUUCUACGGCAUGAAUACCUACACCGCGAACUACAUCAAGCACAAAACGGGCACUCCGCCCGCCGACGACUUCCUCGGGAACCUCGAGACGCUGUUUGAGAAUAAGGCUGGCGAAUGCAUUGGGCCGGAGACGCAAUCGUUCUGGUUACGGCCGAAUCCGCAGGGUUUUAGGAAUCUGUUGAAUUGGAUCAGUAAGCGGUACAACCAGCCGAAAAUCUACGUUACGGAAAAUGGGACCUCACUUAAGGGCGAGAAUGAUUUACCGCUGGAGCAGAUUGUCGACGAUGAGUUUCGGGCGGAGUAUUAUAGGGGGUAUGUUGGGGCGUUGGCGAAGGCUGUGGGUGAGGAUGGGGUCAAUGUUAGGGCUUACAUGGCGUGGAGUUUGAUGGAUAAUUUUGAGUGGGCCGAGGGGUAUGAGACGAGGUUUGGGGUUACGUUUGUGGAUUAUGAGGGAGGGCAGAAGAGAUAUUUGAAGAAGAGUGCUAAGGUUGUGGGACCGUUAUUUGACAGUUAUACUAAGAAGGAAUAGAGAUGGUAGAAGGGUACAUGGGUAGAUGGGAAUUAUUACACGCAUUGAUGGCAUGAAUGAAAAUCAGAGAUUUCUUCUUUAUUGGGUAUCAAGCAGCUCUAAGCCGUGGAGCAGGUUUCUGUAACUGCUGGCAUCUAUUCUGA